GAGGAGGGAGGCGGUGGGUGGCACCGUGGCAGAAAGCACGGGUGGCGCGCCGCAGAGCAGCGAGAAUGGUGGGGUCACAUCGUUGCUGCGCGGAGAUAACGCACGGCCGUUCUGCGCGGCUCGUCUGCCACCCCGACACCGCAUGCAUGGUUCUGCGCAGAGGACAUGCCUUUGGGGGGGACGAGUAGGCGUCGCCGCCUAGCGCGCCUGUCCACUCUUCCUUGCAUUGAGUCGUCGCCCUUUCCAACCGCUCCUAACACGCCCGUUCCUCUAUUGCUUUCUGUUUGUGUGUGCGCGUGUGGGGUUAUGGCCUCUCCGAGCCACCGAGUCUGCAGACUCCUAGCUUGCAACUUGUGGCUUGCAACUUGUGGCUUGCAUUUCGUUUGCUUUGCUUCCCUGGUGCAACUUGUUUCAACUCGUGUUACUCCCUGCAACUCCCUUUGCUCGUUAUUCCUGUGCUCUUUUGCCUUCAUUUCCUGCAUCUGGUGGUGUGACCACCAAGUGGUGUUCUCUGGUGGUGUGGCCACCAAGUGGUGUUCUCUGGUGGUGUGGCCACCAAGUGGUGUUCUCUGGUGGCUAAGUGGAGAAAUACGCUUGGGCAGCCUAGCGUAUUGCGUACAUACGCUAGCGUAUAAUACGAAUACGCUGUACGCUAGCUAAGUACGCAAUACGCUAGCGUAUUUCUUGGCGGGCAGCCCGGCAAGAAAUACGCAAAAAACGAUGCGACAAAUUUGCGACAUGACGAAACCCCACAGGGAUUUCGCCAUGUCGCAAACCGAAAUUUGGCUUUUCAAAUCGUCAACCCAACCCCUUCGCCCCUCCCAACCACACAGCAUCCCACCCAAUCUGCGACUUCCAAGCAACACCCAAAGAAAUCUCCUUCCUCUCCCUCUCUACUCUACUCCAGCAGGGUUCAGCGCAGUGCACUCCUACGACGAAAUCAGGGUACAAGUAAACUGGCGCGCUAACUUCAGUCAUUUCUACUUCCAAGCUAGCGCGACUAGCUAGCUGGUUUUUUAGCGACUGUUGCUAUGUCGAACCCUCCACCUAGUCCUGGUUCCCACGGAACCGACGCGGGAACCUCCUGUGCUGCGUCUUCCUCUGACGAGCUCCUGGAGAACUCCACCCACGCUAUCUUUAAGCAUUUCAAGUUUAAGCAUAAGGAGCACGGCAAGCAGCAAAAGUAUUGGUGCAAGUACUGCCCCGUAUCCUUUACCGGGACGGCCUACCGCUGCGCACAGCACAUCACUAGUUGGGAUGGUAUGCGUAGGCGCGAGGUUCGGAAAUGCGAGGAGGUAGGGAAGGAGGAGCAGGCUGCCGUCCGCGCGUUCCAAACCGCCAAAGUGCUCGCGAGGGAGGAGGCGCAUAGGGCGGAGGAGUCGGCCCUCGACGCCGUUAGUGGUCGGGGAAAGCGGAAGAUCACCGAUUACCUGUCCGAUGACGCCCAAGCGGCCAAGGCGGCGGCGGACGAGGCUAUUUGCCUCCUCUUUGCCGGCCUCCGCCUUCCCGAGCGCCAUGCCGACCACCCGCUUUGGCGCAACGCCGUCCGGUCCAUCGCGCGCGCGGGGACCAGCUAUGUGCCUCCAAAGCGCGACUACGUGGGUGGUGCCGGCUUGCAGCUAUGCCGCAAGCGGAUUGACGAGGGAUUGACGGGCGUCAUGUCGAGCUGGAAGCGCCACGGCGUGACGAUUGCCAGCGACAUGAUGACCGACAAGUGUGGCAGGCCGCAGGCGAAUGUGAUGCUGGUCAAUGACACCGGUGCAGUGUUCGUCGAGAGUAUUGACUGCAAGAUGGAGAAAAAGACCGGGGGAUACAUCGCCCGGCUCCUCCGGCCCAUCCUGCAAAAAGUUGGGGUCGAGAACAUCGUGGCAUUCUGCACCGAUGGCGGCAGCAACUACCACAGCGCCUGCCGGCUCCUCAUUGCAGAGAAUCCGCGCAUCGAGCAUGUGCCGUGUGCGACGCACGUGCUCGACCUCCUUAUGGAGGAUGUGGGACGGCAGGCUUGGGCCAAGGAGGUAGUGGGGCGGGCGAGCGAGCUCAUCAACUACACCCGCAGCCACCAUUGGACCCGACAGUAUCUCAGGGGUGUGGACGGAGGGAAGGGGCUGCAGAUGCUGAGGCCGGCGGGGACCAGGUUUGGGACGCAGCACAUUGCUGUGUCCCGCCUGGUGGAGUUGCGGUCAACGCUGGUGACCAUGGUGCUCUGCGAUGCAUGGAAGGCGGAGUGGGCGGUGGGCCCAAAGAAGGCAGCUGCAGAGACAUUCCACGACCAGAUCAUGGAUAAGGACUGGUGGCCAGCGGCUGAGCUCUUCAAGAGGCUGCUCCUGCUCCCGUUCAAGGCCAUGAGGGCGACGGAUUCGGCAACGAAAGGGAUGAUGGGCCGCAUCUAUGAGCUGAUGCUUGAGCUCACUGAAGGGUUGGCCGCCUUUCUGAAGUUGAGGGGCAGCUUCGGCACGGCUGAGGCCAUCAGUGACCGGAAGUUGGUGAAGGAAGGAAGUUAUUCCAUGGAGGCGUGGUGGGAGUGGCACGGCACUGACCACCCCUUGCUCAUGGCCCUUGCUUGCCGUGUGCUAACUCAGCCGGUGUCUGCAUCCAGCUGCGAGCGCAACUGGGCGGUGUGGGAUACUGUCCACACCGCCCGACGCAACCGGCUGGGUUCAGAAAAGUGCAAGGAUCUGGUUUACGUUGCGCACAACUGGAAGGUUGUGCACAACUGGCACAUGGCCGACGAGGGGGCGGGGGUGGUGUCCGGUCACUUGGCAGCAGCAGCUAGUAGCAGCAGAGGGGGGGCAGCAACAGCAGAGGGGCAGCAGCAGCAGAUGGGGCAGCGGCUAGCAAGCUAGGGUUUAGGGGGUGAGGAGUGAGCGAGGUAAGGUACGGUAAGGUACGGUAAGGUACGGUAGGGUACGGUAAGGUACGGUAAGGUACGGUAAGGUAACGUUCAUCAGCCUCGGAUGCUGCAUCAUAUCAGCCAUCAUAUCAUAUCGGAGGACUCCUAGAGGAGUGACAGGAGGAGCAAAAGGAGGAGCAAAAGGAGGAGCAAAAGGAGGAGCAAAAGGAGGGGCAAAAGGAGGAGCAAAAGGAGGGGCAAAAGGAGGAGCAAAAGGAGGAGCAAAAGGAGAAACUAUUGAGUCGACUCAAAAGGAAAAAAUAGGGGCCACUUGUUGGUGCUCCAGUUCCGAACCUGCGCUGUUCAAGCACAAUAGGCCCUGCCACAGCCGUGCUGGCUGGCUGUGGUUCGGGCAAGCUCAUGCUAUGCCAGGGGGUGGAUUGAGUCUUGGGCCAGAAACGCUUAUCCACCGCUGCUCCCCUCACUGCAAGGCACAGCCGCUUGGGGGCAGGGGAACCCCCCUCCUCUGCCUCUGGUUCGCCCUAGCUUGGUUUCUGACUCCAAACCCCCUCUCUUGCCUCUCAACAGCCUUACCUUUCUCGCCCUCUUGUUGCCCUGUAGGCUUAAACCCUCUCCUCUGCCACACUCUCACCGCACCUCCCCACUUGUGCCCUAGACAUACCUUGGCGGGCUCCAAACCCCCAGAUUGUGGUGGAAUUGAUUCAAACCCCCAGAGUAUGGUGGUGGGUGAGAGGGGAAGGGACGUACCCUGGGGUUGUUUAAACCCCCAGAGUGUGGUGUGUGAGAGGGGUCGGGACGUACUCUGGGGUUGUGCAAAUGAUACAGUAUCAUGUCAGGGGGGGGUUGUUCAGACCCCUAUCGCAAGGAGAGGGGAGAGGGGGUUUCAGACCCCAAAUACAAGGUGACACAGGGCGGUUCAGUCCACCUCCGUCCAACUGCCUCCGUCCAACCCAACCACCUCUGUCCAACCCACCACCGUCCAACCUCCUCCGUCCAACCACCUCCGUCCAACCACCUCCGUCCAACCACCUCCGUCCAACCACCUCCGUCCAACCACCUCCGUCCAACAACCUCCGUCCAACCACCUGCGUCCAACCCACCUGCAUCCAACCACCUGCGUCCAACCACCUCCGUCCAGGCACCUCCGUCCAACCACCUCCGUCCUGAGAGUCAGGGAACAGGGCUGAGAGUCUCCUAGGGUUUGUUGAGUGCAGCAAUUGACCGGUGAGGUGGAUGGGGCGCAGGGCAUGGGUGGUGGUGAGACGCAGGGUAUGGGGGUCGUGGGAUGCACGGUAAGGGGAGGAGGGGUUGGAUGCUAGGUGUGUUUUGGCAGCAGGGGAAGGUGAGUUUGAGAGGCAUGUUGGACUGCGCAGCCAUACGCCAAGAGAAAUGAUUUUAGUAGAACGUCAAUGAGGCAACAGACAGUGAGAGUUGAGUUCUUGAACCGCCCUGCAUACAUGUUGUACCUUCUGAUGCGUGUGAUGUGGACUAUGGUGGUGUGCUGGACUGUGGUAUAUUUACUACGGAACUUAGGUUGUCUAUUCAUGUGGGGAGUAAAACGCUAUGAUUUUC